CUUUAGUGUCCAGAAAAGAACACAAACAAAAGGAUUAGUCAAAAGCUGAGGCUAUUAGAUCAGGAACAACCAUCAGGCAAACCAGAGAGAAGCAAGAUUGUUUCAUCAACAACGUUUCUGUGUAAAACACAAGUCAUGUUAUUAGCACUGAGCGUUUUGCUGCUUAUAUUCCCUGCGUCUCUUUCUGCUCCAGCCAGAGAUCGCUGCACCACAGGCAGAAACAAACUUCUGCUAAUCAGCUUCGAUGGGUUCAGGUGGGACUACGACCGAGAUGUGGACACCCCAAACCUGGACAAAAUGGCUGAAGAAGGAGUCAAAGCCGCAUAUGUCACUCCACCUUACCUGACCAUUACUAGUCCUACACACUUCACCCUGUUAUCUGGAAGGUACAUUGAAAACCAUGGUGUGAUUCAUAACAACUGGUUCAACACAACCACACAGGAGAAGAAACAAUACUACAUGACACAGUUUGUGGAUGACUACUGGGAUAAUGGCAGUCUACCCAUUUGGAUCACAGCUCAAAGACAGGGGCUUAAAACAGGAUCCUUACACUUCCCUGGCACUGCUGCCAAGUACCAUAAUGAAACAGUCCAAGUGAAGGAGGUGGAACCAAAGUUUUAUGACUACACCAAUGAGACGGCAUGGAGAGAGAGUGUGGAUAAAGUCAUGAGAGAAUGGUUUAAAGAUGAAGACUUAGACUUUGUCACUUUGUAUUUUGGCGAACCAGAUUCGACCGGCCACAAGUAUGGACCUGAUUCACCUGAGCGACGUGAGGCAGUCAAGAAAGUGGACCGAACUGUGGGCUACAUACGGGAAACUGCUGAGAAACACAGGCUCAGUGACCAUCUGAAUGUUAUCAUCACAGCUGACCAUGGAAUGAGCACCGUGUUCAAAGGAGAGCAAGUCAAAGAGAUAAUACUCGAUGACAUCCCAGGAUUCUCCUUGAGCGAUCUGAAAUUCCACAUGGUGGAUUAUGGACCUUCUGGGAUGCUGUUGCCCAAAGAAGGGAUGCUUGAAAAGGUUUAUCAAGCAUUGAAAGGAGGUCAUCCAAACCUUCACGUUUAUAAGAAAGAAGACAUGCCUGCUCGACUGCAUUACGCCAAACAUCCUCGUAUCCUACCCAUCAUUCUCUAUGCUGACCCAGGAUAUGUCAUCAAUGGGUUCUACCCAUUCCAGACCAAUAAUGGGGAACAUGGCUAUGACAAUGAAGUCAUGGACAUGAAGCCUUUCUUCAGGGCAGUGGGACCAGAUUUCCAUAAAAACUUGUUGGUUGGACCAUUUGAGACUGUCAACGUUUACCCUUUGAUGUGCCACUUACUGGGUAUAAAACCAGAAAUCAAUGACGGGUCACUGGAUAACACCCGACAUAUGCUGAUAUCCAACGGAGAGUCAUGUGAUUCUGGAGAUACUCCCAAGUCGAGUCUUCCAAACGUGUUUAUUGGUCUUGCUGCUGUGGCUGGAUUUUUAUUGCUUGUGUUUGUCAUUGUUACAUCCUACAACGGAUAUAAAAGAUACAAAGUAAAUCUGAGGUAAGAAAUGGAGUAUGACAUUAAGUCAUUGUUAUUUU